CUCAGAUCGAGACCUCACUCAGGGUGCCCAUUCCUAGGGUUUUGGUCGACUUCGAGUCUCCGGUUCAUUCUAGACUUCUCGAUGAUCACAUUGAAGUCAAGCUCGGUCUUCUCCUUCCCGUUGAUCAUCCACUCGGUUCCAAUUUUGACUCUGUGCUGAAUUCACUUAAAAAAGAUGAAUGCGGUAAUGAAAUUUUGGCAUCAGAUGGGGCUAAUCCACUAUCUGUUUGUUUAGAUCUACAACGACUAUCUACUGCGGGUGAAGUGCACUUUUACUGCAGAAGUUGCUCAACAAAAUUGACCAGAGAACGUUUAAAGAGAUGCCAUCUGUGCAUUGGAGAGAUGUUGCAGACAAUUGGUUUGGCACAUGUUGCUGCUCGUUUGGGGGUAUAAGUGAGAAGUUGGUACUGAAUUAUGCAAGAUCUUAUUUGUGUGCAGCAGGCUUGUGCUUAUUAAGUGAGACUUCAGUUAUUAUAAGUGUUGAAGACAUUUUGGAGGGUAAACUCCCUAGUAGGAGCACAACAAAAAAAUACGAUUCUGACAAAUCUGGCAAUGUGAAUGAUCUACAGAAAAAUCUCCACCAUGAAGAUCUUUGUGAGGGGGUGCAGGGAUUUAAAAACAGCCACUAUGUAAAUUGUUGCACUAUUGGUUCAUGUGAGAAUCUCUUGGGGCAGUGUGAGUCCUCUGUUGAUUUUGAACUCCCAGUGAAUCAGAAAAUAUUCCUGAAUGGUUAUCUUGGAGAUGUUUUCAUGGCAAGACCCUCCAAUCUUUCAAAAGAUAUUGAGUGGAUAGAGUUUUUUUGUCCUAAAUGUGCACAUCUUCUUGGAGCAUAUCCUAGCCACAAUAGUAAUGUACCUUUGGAUGGUGGAGUUCGACUCUAUAAAUUCUACAUUUCAACGUCUUUGCCUGCCAAUGGAGCACAUGAUUUAUUUAGGAAUUAUACUUUUGAGAGGGUGUUCACUAGUCAGUUGCUGGGAAGUGCAAAAGAUGAGCUUUCAUUUAGGACUGUGGUUAGAGAUCUGCACAAUAAAUAUCAUUCCCUACAAAUUGUUCUCUUGAACCCAAAUACAUGGAGCCAAGCUGGAUUGUGUUUGCAUGCCAUAGAACCAGUUCCCAAGAUUAAUGUGUACCCGGCAAUCAAAGUCUUAUUUUCUCCCAACAUUAGUGACGUGCAGCUUGAGCCUAGGAACACAGAAUGGGUAACAAAGAAGCAAGCUCAAGAGGUUUACCUGCUCCCAUCUCAAAUGAAAGAACUGAUUGAAUAUUUGGAGAAUGCGCACGUUGCGUAUCCACCAUCACAUACUUUCUCACAUGGAUUCUCUGUGUCAUCCUUGAAGACAUGAAUGGUAAUGAACUUUUUAGUCUCUUGGACUCUUACCCAUUUUAUCUACGGUCCUAUCUCAAUUUGCCUAACAAACUUCAAGUAAAAAAAACUCUCAUGUGUUUUUGCUGCUCGUAGUUAUGUAUUAUCACAACUCUUGUCUUCUUGCAAGAAUGUUGCAUGAUCACAAAUGUAUUGAGAACCCAAAUACAAGAACCCACGUAGA